AGUCAAGGCGCAUGAUGCAUGGAGGAAGCCAGCCAGGCAGCGAUUCACACGGCCGGUCAGUCGUAUACAUGCUCACACAUAUACAAAAGGAAGCCCUUUCCUUGCAAUGCAAGCCUCAGGCUAUCUGUGCCCGUUUCCCCCAUGUGUCGAGGCUUGCUCCGCCUGCUGGUGCUGCUGCAUGGUGGCCGCCAGCUGCUUCUCCAUGAGCUCUAUCUUGGCCAGCGUCACACUCUUGAUGGGCAGCCACUUGGGCUUGCACAACACCUGCAACACCACACGCCACACAGCCGUACCACAUCCCACACAGAAGAGAAAAACCAUUGGCACUUCCGGUGCUGAUGCUGUCGGCCUUCUUUCUUGGAGUGUCGUUUGGUACCUCCGACAGGCUGCUCUUCUCGGAGUACAGGAGCCCCUCCUUUGGCAAGAUCACGUCCGGCAUCUUCCCGCCACUUGCCAUGGAUGAAAGGCAAUACCGGCACUCCGAGGCACCGCACGACGUCCAGACCACGGGUAGCCCCCGAAAAGCGAAGGAAAAAACUGAAAGAGGCGAGG